AUGCCAGGGCCAAAGAUGGCGCCCUCGUCCCCGCUAGGCCGCGAGGGCCCCGCGCAUCCGGCGCCGCCGCGUAACGCCCGACCGGGAAGGCGGAGGGCGGUGCCCCCGCCCGGCCUCGCUCCACGCCCUUGGCAGGGGCAGCGCCCGCCGCGGCCAUGGCGGCCUGGCCCGCCGUGCCCCUCCUCAUCAACCUCGGCGGGUCGGUGCUGGGCUUCGCGGCCACGCUCACGCUGAUUCCGGCCUUCACGGACCACUUCCUCGCCGCACGGCUGUUCGGGGUGGACCUCAACAAGACCUCAAGGCGGCCCGUCCCCGAAGCACAGGGCGUGAUCAGCGGUUCCGUUUUCCUGAUCAUCCUCUUCUGCUUCAUCCCCGUGCCCUUCCUGAGAUGUUUUGUGGAGGAGCAGUGCGCGGCCUUUCCUCACGACGAGUUCGUGGAGCUCAUCGGUUCGCUCCUUGCCAUCUGCUGCAUGAUUUUCCUGGGCUUUGCAGAUGAUGUUUUGAACCUACGCUGGCGCCACAAAUUACUUCUUCCUACCAUGGCUUCCCUCCCACUGCUCAUGGUUUACUUCACCAACUUUGGGAACACGACCAUUGUGGUGCCUAAGCCCUUCCAGGUGCUGCUGGGCAUGCACAUGGACCUGGGUAUCCUCUACUAUGUGUACAUGGGUAUGCUAGCAGUGUUCUGCACUAAUGCCAUCAACAUUCUUGCUGGAAUUAAUGGAAUUGAAGCAGGACAGUCGCUGGUGAUAGCUGCUUCCAUUAUCAUAUUCAAUAUUGUAGAGCUAAACGGGGAUUAUCGAGAUGAUCACAUUUUUUCUCUCUACUUCAUGAUUCCCUUUUUUUUUACCACGCUGGGCCUAUUUUACCACAACUGGUACCCAUCUCGAGUGUUUGUUGGGGAUACCUUCUGCUACUUUGCUGGCAUGACCUUUGCUGUGGUGGGGAUCUUGGGACACUUCAGCAAAACAAUGCUGCUUUUUUUCAUCCCGCAAGUACUCAACUUCCUCUAUUCAUUGCCUCAACUCUUCCACGUCAUUCCUUGUCCCCGUCACCGGCUACCGAGGCUUAAUCCUAGUACAGGGAAGUUGGAGAUGAGCUACACCAAAUUCAAAACUAAGAGCCUCUCUGCCCUGGGAACAAGUAUUCUGCAGGUAGUCAAGAUCUUGCACGUAGUAGAUGUGAGGAAUGGAACAGAUGAAGAUGGCGAAUACACUGAAUGCAGUAAUAUGACACUUAUUAAUUUUGUCAUAAAGCUGAUCGGACCCACCCACGAGCGAAAUCUCACUCUUCUAUUGCUACUCAUUCAGGUCCUCGGCAGCAUGAUUGCAUUUUCGAUCCGGUACCAACUAGUGCGCUUGUUUUAUGACGUCUGACUGGACUGUCGGGAGCGAGAGAAAGAGUUCUACCUGCCAGUCCAUUUUCUCCAGUUGCUUGACCAAAUGAUUCAACUGAUGUUGCUCCCACCCUCUGGGAACCUCAGAAUACCUGUCAAAACGCAAGCAACUGCUUUGCGUGGGCUAGUUUUGAACCAGGAUGUUCUUUGUGCACCAAAGGCUUUUGUCCAAUUCUGUGAUAGAAAAGAUUCACUGCUACUUGGAUAUCAUUGUUACUAGGAAUACCUUUUAGAGGGGAAGCAAAUGACAGUACUUGGGGAAAUUGGGAAAGAUGGAAUCUCUAUACAUCUAACAGAGACAUUACUGUUCACCAAGAGAGAAAACAGCAACUUUAAUUUCUGUGAGCAGAAUAAGUAAACCAGACUCCAUUCCUGGCUUCUCCAAUCCUGUUUUUGGUCCAUGGACAUAGAAUGACACGUUACAACCCAUACUCAAAACUCAGAGUGCUCCAAGAAUAAAAUAAUUCAUGGUA